AUUUAAUACAAAAUUGAAAAUGCAAUCAAAGCAAGAAAUGACAGAAGAAUUGAAAGAUGGCCACCCUAAACAUUUUAUUAUCCUCGUCAGACAUGGAGAACGGACUGAUGAUCCUGAGAGGGAAGUGCAGUUAGACACAGAUGAACCAGAGGUUAAAUAUGACUGCCACCUAACUGACAAAGGAAAGAACCAGGCCUUUCAGACCGGAGAGUUUAUAAAAGAAAGCAUUAUUGGUCAGAAUAGGUUAAAAAUAUUCCCAAGUGAUAUCAAAGUUUUCACAUCCCCAUUCUUGAGAUGUAUUCAAACUGCUCAUAAUGUAAUCAAAGGGCUAGAUUACAAAAUUCCAGAUAUUACCAUUGAUGAUAGAUUAGGGGAAUUUUUAAUGAAGUCUUGGUUUGAUGGAAUAGAGAAACCUCUAGCUCAUUUAACCAUUGACCACAUGAAGCACUCAUACUUCCAAAAGAAAUAUCUUGGGGAAGAAAAGAUGCUAGGCUUUACAAGAUAUUAUGGCAAAGAUGCAACUCCUACAUCUGAAGAUCUUGUGGCAGAGGAAGAUGAACAAGAAAGUUUUAAUAAGAUGGAAAGCAACUCUGAAAUAAAGUAUCCUGAAACUUACAGUGACAUGUAUUAUCGCUAUUCUGGAUUCUUCAACCAUAUAAUUUACCAAGAGUUCUUUGAGAAUACAGAGGAGGUGGAGAAUCGCUCAAAAAUUAUUAUCCUUGUUUCCCAUGGAUUUUCGUUUGAUCCGUUUAUUAAUUGAUUCAGCCCAGACCAUGAAAAUAUUGUCUCGGUCGAUUACUGUGCAACAGCCGUGAGCGAAAAGAUGUCAAACGAAGACAGAUUCGAUAUUAUAGUAAAAGGAGAUGCCACACACUGUGGGCUCAAACCAGCAGUAUUUUAGAUAAAAAUAACACAUUU